AUGCAUCAAAUAAGAAAACUUAUUGCUCAAACAAUGACCAAAGGACAAAGACAAAGAUGUAGACAGCCUGUCAUACAAAAUAAAAAAAAAUGUUUGAGCACUAUAAACACAGUCGAGUUACCACCACAAAGACCAGAAAAAACGACAAGAAGUUCAGAAGUGUUUAUACCCAAAGGCAUUAUGGGACAACUAACAUGUCACACACACCCACACUUGAUAACUGAAGAUUGUUUAACGGGUGGUGUAACACAGGCUGAGUAUGUUGCACGCCGGGAAAAAUUAGUCAGUAAAUUGGUUGCGGAAGUCAAUAAUCCACACAAAACUCAUAUUAUAGUGAUACCAGCAGCAAGUAAACAGUACAUGUCAGAAAAAAUCCCUUAUGUCUUCAGACAAAACUCCGACUUUUUCUACCUCACAGGCUGCUUAGAAGCAUCUGCAAUACUAGUUAUGGUGAAACCAGCACAGAUAGACACCUAUAAGUCUGUUCUGUUCGUUCACGAUAAGGAUGAGCACGCAGAGUUAUGGGAAGGUCCGCGCACAGGUUGCCCCAACGCCACCUUAUUAUUUGCAGUCGACGAGGCAAGACCUAUCGAUAACUUUGGCACCUAUCUAAAUCGACUAGCAUCCACAUCCAAACCUGCUACACUGUGGUAUCACAACGAGUCUCCAGCCAACUAUGAUAUCCACGACACGGUCCGUGCAACCCUUAAACGAGAUGGCCUGGUUACACUAGCUGACCCUCAGAGAACUUUACACCUCAUGAGAGUAGCGAAGUCCCCGGCUGAGGUUGAGCUGAUGAAGGAGACAUGCUAUAUUGGCAGCCAGUCUAUGAAUAUAGCGAUGGCUUAUACCAAACCAGGUGUGUCCGAGCAUAUGAUAAACGCCAUCUUGGAGUACUCGAGCAAGCAGGGCGGCGCGGAGCACCUGUCGUUCCCGCCCGUGGUGGCCGGCGGCACGCGCGCCACGCACAUACACUACGUCAACAACAACCAGCUGCUGCGGGACGGGGAUAUGAUCCUCGUCGACUCUGGUUGCCAGCGAUGGUUGUACAACUCGGACAUAUCAAGAACGUGGCCGGUUUCGGGCAAGUUCACCAAACACCAACGAAUACUGUACGAGCUGGUUCUCGCUGUACAGAAACGGUUGAUCGAGAUACUGGGCGAACACCGACCACCCCUGGACCAGCUGUUCGACAGCAUGUGUCGCCUGCUGGGUAAGCACUUACAACAGGAGGGCAUUUUACCAAAGAACAUUGAAGGACAGGAACUUAUUGGGAAAGCGUAUCGUCUAUGUCCACACCACGUGUCGCACUACCUCGGCCUGGACGUGCACGACUCGUCCCUGGUGAGGAGGAAUGUGCCCGUCUGUGAUAAUAUGGUCGUCACCGUGGAACCAGGUAUCUACAUUCGAUCAGACGACACGUCCGUUCCAGAGGAGUUCCGCGGCAUUGGCAUCAGGAUCGAAGACGACGUACUGGUCACGAGCGGGGAACCCGAGGUGCUCACCAGCUCCUGUGUCAAGGAGGUCGACGAUAUCGAGAAUAUUGUUGGGAAACAUAACUUCUGA